GGCUAGUCUCAGAUUGGAAUCCUAGAUCUCUUCGGUCUCGUUCGUUUGCCUUUGAGUUCCAUCCGGCUUAAAGCUGCAUGCAUGGCAAGCAGAGGUCCUGACUUUCCAGAAGACUUAUCCAAGGCACCUUCUAAAUCAUCACUCUUUAUCAAGUCUUGCGUUUCUUGCAAUACUCACAGAUGCAAUUCAAUGGUUCCGCCAUAUCUGCUCCUGACUCGAAGUCACCAGCUAGCCCACCUGCUAGUACCUCAGGCCAACACAAACAUGCGCCUUUGCCGCAUUUCCAUCUCGAACCCAAUAACUAAUGUGCUUGCACUUUAUCAAGUCUUUGAUGUAGCACUUCCCAGCAAACAGCCACACCCUUUCCUCUCCUUUCGUCCUCCACCGCAGCACGUACGCCACCAAAGUAGACCACAACGAUAUCACCACUACUAUAUAGCAUAUAAGCUCGGACUUAAGUCUCCGGCACCCUUUCUCCGAAACUCAGCCCCUGCCACUGCGUGGAUCGUACCUGUCUGUGAUAUUUAGUGGCCCAUUCGACAGAAGUGAUAUCACCUAGGUUAGGUGGAAGGAUAUUUUGUAUAUGUGUGAACACUUCCAUGCUCGAACUUGGCGUGUAUCUUGUGCCGCCAAUCGACACUUAUCACUAUCAGCACCGGAUAUGAUAGUUGGACCGGGGAUCGGGAAAUGAGAGAUCAGCACACUAUGCUUUGAGCCUAGCUUCAGUUGCCCCAUGUGCAGCAGACGUCUCGUACUCUGUGUGAAAUGAUGCAUGCGGAAUUGUGGUAGUUUUGUUGAAGCUAACGUCCACGGCAGCCACAGGUGACAGCUGGACUAUAUGGUUUUCGGGGGAACUAUAUGGCUAAAGACGUCUUCACGUUGAAUAACCU